AUGUCAACAAAAAUGCUUGUGCGGACGUUUAAUGGGACAAUAGAUGAUCUUCGGAAGUUGAUUAAUGAACUCAACCCGGACAUAGGGAUUAUUUUUAUUCAACAAACAAACACGCAGUCAUUUGAUGUCACUGUUCAAACACUUGAACAAGGCAGAAUGCUUUUAAAUUUCAAUGGGCUUCUGUUCAACAACCAAAGGACUCGUGUUUCUUUUGAAAGAGAACCAUCUCGCGAUGACCAACUCCGCUUUGUACUUGAACGCAUCAAAUUUCGGUACUCAAAUUUAAGACAACGCGAACUCGACCUUUCAAAUUUGGAGUCCAAAUUUGCGGAGUUCCGGUUCACCUUGACAGAGCCGUUUGAUGUCGUCUUAGAAAAAACGAUUUCAUUUGUCGCCGCUGAAUUGCCUGAUUUACUCGCUUUGAAUUUGAGUCAUAACGGAAUUCGAAAUGGCGGAUUUUUAGCUCCAAUGAAGAGUGGUUUAAAGUGUUUGACAAUGUUGGACUUGUCGUACAACAGAUUGGAGUCCGCAAAAUAUUUUGAAGCUAUCAGCGGACUUCCCCUGAUCAAAAUUUGUUUGAACAACAACCCAAUUCAAGACGUCGCGUUAUUGUUUGUUAUAUAUUACCUGUGGAUGAACGAUUUAAAACAAUUUUUCCCAUAUCUAAUGUUCUUGGACAAUAAAAACAUUUCAAAUUGUCAGUUUGGACAAACAACAAUAGGUAACGUGCAACAUGGAAUUGCCCCGUCACAGUAUAACACUAUUCAACCAUUCAACUUUGAAUUGUUUUGGAAAUUGCAUGAGUUUUUUAUCCAAUAUUUUGAUUAUUUUGAUAAGAACAUCGGGAUGCUUGCAAAUUUGUAUGCGGAGAAUUCACUGUUUGAUGUAGUGCUUCAAAAGAACAUCCGGAUAUUUGGAAUCAACUCGCGGAACCAUGAAACGGUGAAUUCGCCAAAUGACUUAUUGAAAUUCAUAGCGAAGGGGAGACCACAGAUUUUAAACUUUUUCAGAGGCUUUGAGAGCACGAAACAUCGGAUAUCAGAGAUGUGUUUUGAUAUUUUACAAUUUGGGAACAAUUAUAUUGUUAAUAUCAUGGGAGUGAUGACAAUCAAAGAAACACAAUAUCAGUUCUGUCGCACGUUUGUUCUUGUGUGCAGUGGCACAACCAUCACAAUACAAAACGAACAUUUGGAGAUUUAUGACAACGCUCGUCAAUUUGAUGUGAUCAACACGUUUUCGAAAUUCAUAAAGUAUAUAGUACACUCAUAUCCCGUUAUCAACGAACAAAAGGCCCUCUUCUUGCUGGAAAAAAACGACUGGCAAAUACAAAAAACAGAGAAGGAAAUCUGUGAGGAGUUGAAAAUCCUUCCGGUGGAUAUUGGAACACUUAAUCCGACGACAACGACAGACACAAAUGGGAUUGACGAAAGUCAGAUGAAUGAAAAUGAUAUUAAAACAUUGAUUGAUCUGGGGAUGAUGCGCGGGGAGGCUGUCCAACUCUUGUUUUGUUUUGACAACAACUUGGAAAUGGCGGCGGACCACUUUUUGAGUCACCGAAAUAUCGACGAUGUCGACUCGAAAGAAGUGGUACUAACGGAACAAGACAACGUCGAGAUAGAAAAGUUGAUGUUACUUAAGUGUAACAGAGAGGAAUGUCUCCGAGUGUAUUUAAAGAGUGGGAAAAACUGCGAAAUUGCAGCAAAUUUGUUGUUUGAAAAUUGA